AAAUCAUACCAAUACAAAUUAUUCAUAUGCAUUGAUUGACUCAUAUCUCUUCAUCUAAAUUCUCAACACAAACACAACCUUAUAAACAACCUUGUAAAGGUUUGGUUUUUAUUCUUUGGAGAAUACUAAAAGGUGAUAAUAGUGUUGAAUUCAAUGCCUACAAUGGAUGAAUUAAAAAUGAAAAGUGCAGAAGAUGAAGCUAGUGAAAGUUAUACACCUCAUAAGGAUAACUUUACUCAACAAGCAUCACCAAGAAGUACACUAAGUCCAAGAAGUACUCAAAGUGAUUCAAUUGAUUUAGCUAUUGAUAAUGUUGUGGAUACUUCAAUUGAACAAUUGUAUAACAAUGUUUAUGAAAUGAGAAGCUCUGAAGAUCAAUCACCUUCAAGGGCUAGUUUUUACUCGUAUGGCGAAGAAUCGAGGAUCGAUUCGGAAUUGUGUCACCUUGUCGGAGAUAUUAUAGAUUUGGAGAUUACAAAAGAGGUUGUUGUAACAGAAAAUAAAGAUGAUUCCAAUGUCAAUGGUAGUGAGAAAGUUGUUGUUUCUUCAAGCGCAAGGGUCGUUGAAGGAUCAUCUAAGUCACCUGCGAAAAACCGAAGUUUUCAUAAGAGGAAUGAGAAGGGAAGUAGAAAAGGAAAUGGUUUUUUGAACAAUAUGAGAAGGCAUAAGAGGUUUGGUUUGAAAGACGGUAUUGUUGACGAGUUAGAUAAUCCUGAUCUUGGACCGUUCUUGUUGAAGUUAACGAGAGAUAUGAUAUCUUCGGGCGAGAAUCCGAACAAGGCUCUUGAUUUGGCUCUUAGAGCUUUGAAAUCAUUUGAGAUAUGUAAUGAAGAGGGUAAACCAAAUUUGGAAUUGGUGAUGUGUCUUCAUGUUUUGGCAACAAUUUACUGUAAUUUAGGACGAUACAACGAGGCUAUACCGAUUCUCGAGCGCUCGAUCGAUAUUCCUGUGUUGGAGGAUGGUCAAGAUCAUGCAUUGGCUAAGUUUGCAGGGUGUAUGCAAUUAGGUGAUGUUUAUGCAAUGAUGGGACAAAUUGAGAAUUCUCUAAUGUUUUAUACUGCAGGACUUGAAAUUCAAGGGCAAGUCUUAGGGGAAACUGAUCCAAGAUUCGGAGAGACAUGUCGGUAUGUAGCCGAAGCACAUGUUCAAGCAUUGCAAUUUGACGAAGCUCAGAAGCUUUGUCAAAUGGCUCUUGAUAUUCAUAAAGGAAAUUGUUCUUCUUCUCAUGCUUCUUUCGAAGAAGCAGCUGAUAGGAGAUUGAUGGGACUAAUAUGCGACUCGAAAGGCGAAUAUGAAGCUGCUUUAGAGCAUUAUGUUCUGGCAAGUGUGGUCAUGGCUGAAAAUCGUCAGGAAGUAGAUGUUGCUUCGGUUGAUUGCAGCAUAGGUGAUGCCUAUUUGUCGUUGGCUCGCUACGAUGAAGCAGUGUUUUCUUAUCAGAAAGCAUUAACUGUUUUCAAAUCAACCAAAGGGGAGAAUCAUCCAUCGGUUGCUUCUGUUUAUGUAAGGUUAGCUGAUUUAUACAACAAAAUAGGCAAGUUUAAGGAAUCAAAAUCUUAUUGCGAAAAUGCGCUUCGAAUUUUCGGGAAGAAAAAUCCUGGAAUCCCUUUAGAAGAGAUUGCUAAUGGUUUGAUAGAUGUUGCAGCCAUUUAUCAAUCCAUGAAUGAUCUCGAAAAGGGUUUGAAGUUACUCAAAAAGGCGUUGAAAAUAUACGAAAAUGUUCCCGGUCAAAAAAGUACUAUUGCCGGAAUCGAAGCUCAAAUGGGAGUUAUGUAUUAUAUGUUAGGAAACUAUUCUGAUUCAUAUAACAUCUUCCAAAGUUCUGUCAUGAAAUUUCGCGCCGGCGGAGAGAAAAAAUCUGCUUUGUUUGGAAUUGCAUUGAACCAAAUGGGGCUUGCUUGUGUCCAAAGGUAUUCUAUAAAUGAAGCUGCAGAUUUGUUUGAAGAAGCUAAGACUAUAUUGGAAAAAGAGUAUGGUCCUUAUCAUCAUGAUACCUUAGGAGUAUAUAGCAAUCUAGCUGGCACUUAUGAUGCAAUGGGAAGAGUGGAUGAUGCAAUUGAAAUGUUGGAAUAUGUAGUUGGGAUGAGAGAAGAGAAGCUUGGAACAGCAAACCCCGACGUUGACGACGAGAAACGAAGGUUGGCCGAGUUGUUAAAAGAAGCAGGAAGAGCAAGGAACAGGAAAUCAAAAAGAUCAUUGGAAACUCUUCUUGAUGCCAACUCUCAGCUUAUGAAAGGCAAUGGCAUUAAAGUUCUAUGAAGCUGAGGCUGUAUAUAUAAAAAAACACAAUGAGAUUUGGCUUAUGUUUUGAUAAUUGGUUUGCAAAUUUGGCUAGAAUAAACAAUAACAAAGUUGGAAUGAAUAGGUUCCACUUUCAGAAAAGUUACUUUGUAUGUGUAUUUUCUCUAUACUGCACAGGAAAUUUCUAUGUAUAAUUAAAUAUAUUAAGGAUUUAAUUCAUAUAUACACUGUAAAUUAGUCUUUA